UCAAUAAAUUAAGCAAAAAACUAACCGUGGUUCAUGAUUUUUUUCCAUCACUCUCUCCAGUAUUAAACAGCAGAGUAAAGGAUGACAUCUUCAAUGUCUUUAAAUUACACCAAUCUCAGAGACAUCUGGUACACCAUGAUUGGGAUCCCAGGACUCGAAGAUGCACACAUUUGGCUCUCCAUCCCCAUCUGUUCAAUGUACAUAGUAGCUGUUGCAGGCAAUAUAUUGCUAAUAUUGCUGAUCUCCACUGAGCGUAGUCUUCACGAACCCAUGUACUUUUUCCUUUCAAUGUUGGCCCUGGCAGAUGUCUUCCUGUCCACAGUAACUGUUCCAAAGGUAUUAGCAAUCUUCUGGUUUCAGGCUGGGGGCAUUUCUUUUGCUAGCUGUGUGUCCCAGAUGUUUUUUCUUCACUUCAUCUUUGUGACAGAGUCUGGUAUAUUGCUCGCCAUGGCCUUUGACCGUUAUGUGGCUAUCUGCUAUCCACUAAGAUACACCAACAUCCUAACCUCAUCUGUCAUCAACAGAAUGGGCAUUGCAUCUGUGACUAGAAGCUUCUUCAUCUGCUUCCCCCUGAUCUUCCUUGUUUAUCGGCUCACCUACUGUGGGAGGAACAUCAUUCAACACUCCUACUGUGAACACAUGGGCAUUGCCAGGUUGGCCUGUGACAGCAUCAAGGUCAAUAUUUACUAUGGGAUUGUUGUGGCUCUGUUUUCCAUAUGCCUAGAUGUGGUACUUAUCAUUGUCUCAUAUGUCCUUAUCCUUCGUGCUGUCUUUAGAAUUCCUUCUCAGGAUGCCCGACUCAAGGCUCUGGGUACAUGUGGUUCCCAUGUCUGUGUAAUUCUCUUGUUCUAUACACCAGCUUUUUUCUCUUUCCUUGCUCACCGUUUUGGUGGUCACAGUAUACCACUGCAUGUGCACAUUCUCCUUGCUAACCUCUAUGUGGUUGUACCACCCACAGUCAAUCCCAUCAUUUAUGGCGUGAAGACUAAGCAAAUUCAAGAGAGAGUUAUCCAAAUCUUGUCUUUAGACAAGACCCUUCAUUAA